GAAAAAAGAAAACCCAACUCUUCUCUCUCUCAGCGCCUCUGUAAAACCCUAUUGCUACUCUCUCUCUCUGUUACUUCAACAAUGGACGAGGCGAAGCUGAAGCAGCUGAAGCAUUUCGUCGAGCAGUGCAAGUCCGAUCCCUCCAUUCUCGCCGAUCCUUCCCUCUCCUUCUUCCGCGACUACCUCCAAAGUCUCGGCGCUACUGUGCCGUCCUCUGCUAGCAAGAAUGAAGAUUCGAAACCGAGGAGCUAUGUAGUGGAGGAGAGCGACGACGACAUGUCGGAGGAGGCUGAGCCGGAGCCGGUUCAUGUUCAGGAGGAAGAGGAAGAAGAGAUUGUCGAAUCUGAUCUCGAGCUUGAAGGCGAGACUGUGGAGCCUGACAAUGAGCCUCCUCAGAAGAUGGGAGAUGCGUCUGUUGAGGUCACUGAAGAGAAUCGUGAUGCCUCGCAGGCGGCUAAGAGCAAAGCUUUAGGGUCCAUGAGUGAUGGUAACUUGGAGGAAGCUAUUGAGCAUCUUACUGAGGCGAUUCUGCUCAAUCCUACUUCGGCCAUUAUGUAUGGCACCAGAGCCAGUGUGUACAUCAAAAUGAAGAAACCUAAUGCCGCAAUUCGCGAUGCCACCGCUGCUCUGGAGAUCAAUCCUGACUCCGCUAAAGGCUAUAAGGCUCGUGGCAUCGCUCAUUCAAUGCUUGGGAAUUGGGAAGAGGCUGCAAAUGAUCUCCACUUGGCAUCAAAGCUAGACUUUGAUGAGGAAAUCAGUGCCGUACUUAAGAAGGUUGAACCAAAUGUACACAGGAUUCAGGAACACCGUCGUAAGUAUGAUAGGCUUCGCAAGGAAAGAGAGGACAGGAAGCUUGAGCGUGAGAGACAACGUCGCAAAGCUGAGGCUCAGGCUGCAUAUGAGAAGGCUAAGAAGCAAGAGCAGUCAUCUUCUAGUAGAAGGCCAGGAGGCUUUCCUGGUGGGUUCCCAGGAGGGAUGCCGGGCGGCUUUCCUGGUGCUGGAGGGAUGCCAGGCGGGUUCCCAGGAGGGAUGCCAGGCGGGUUCCCAGGAGGGAUGCCAGGCGGGUUCCCAGGAGGGAUGCCAGGCGGCUUUCCAGGUGCUGGUGGGAUGCCAGGUGACUUUCCGGGUGCUGGUGGGAUGCCAGGUGGCUUUCCAGGCGCAGGAGGAAUGCCUGAAACAGGAGGUGCGGCUGGAGGCUCUGCAGGAGGGGCUCCUGGAAAUGUCGAUUUCAGCAAAAUAUUGAAUGACCCGGAACUGAUGUCUGCAUUUAAGGAUCCAGAAAUUAUGGCUGCUCUUCAAGAUGUGAUGGCGAAUCCUGCUAAUCUUGCAAAGCAUCAAGCAAAUCCCAAGGUGGCUCCAAUAAUUGCCAAGAUGAUGAGCAAAUUUGCCAAGUGAAAGUUCUCUGAAUUGUCAUGAUAUUUUGGGAAAUGAGUGAGAUGAAUGCUUUGGAAUAGUGUUAAACAAGAUAUUUUCAUGUGCAGUAGCUUGAUGGAAUUGUGCAACUCACUCUUCAAUUUUACUGAAACUCAUAGUCAGUAGACCAUGUCUUGCUGUCCCUGGUGAAAUUUGAUCAAUUUACUGGAGGGUUGAAGGUUUUCUGUUUUGGUU